AUGGCUACGGAUUUCCCAAAAGUUGUCCCGCUGACUUGUCAUGGACACUCUCGCCCAGUUCCACAUAUCAGCUUUUCAUCUAUGGUGGAAGAUGAUCAAUACUAUCUUAUUUCCGCGUGCAAAGAUAACAACCCCAUGCUUCGUGAUGGUAUCACUGGUGACUGGAUCGGGACAUUCCUAGGCCACAAGGGAGCCGUCUGGCAGGCCCGGCUGUCUGCAGAUGCAAAUAUAGCUGCUACAGCUGCGGCAGAUUUCUCCGCGAAGGUGUGGGAUACACACACCGGCGAAUGCCUGCAUACCCUGCAGCAUUCCCACAUAGUCCGAGCAGUUGCGUUCCCCGUCCAGACCAACCCGCAAGUGCUGGCGACGGGGGGUAUGGAGAAGAAGCUACGGAUAUUCGACCUCUCGCGCGGUGGCAGCAGUAAUACUAACGAACUAUCAUCAUCUGCCACCGCUGAAAACACAGCAGAUCCGUCAUCAUCAUCCGUAGCAAGCUACGAAAUCGGACCUGGCGUGCACGGCGGCACCAUUAAAUCCAUAGUCUGGAACAUAGAUUACAACAUCCUCACGACAGCCGCAGAAGAUCGCAAAAUUCGCUGGUGGGACCUGCGCUCCCGCCACCCCGUAGUCGAGUAUAACGUCGAGGGGACGAUUGGUAGUUGCGAAUUGAAUAUGCUCGCCACCCGACCCAAUGAAGCGGGCAUUUUGAGCGUUGCGGCGGGGAAAAGUGUCUAUUUGUUUGAUGGCGCGAUGCCGGGAAGGCUGUUGAAGAAAGUCGAUUUCAAGUAUGAGGUUGCUAGUGUGGCAGUCAAUAAUGAAUCGGGUCGUUUUGUGACUGGUGGUGCUGGUGAAGAUACAUGGGCGCGGGUAUAUGAUUUACAUACGGAUGAAGAGCUAGAAGUCCAAAAAGGCCAUCACGGCCCCAUCUGGUCUGUUAGCUACUCUCCAGAUGGAAAACUGUACGGAACAGGAAGUGAAGAUGGGACUAUUAAGCUAUGGAAAGCAUGUCGUGAGCCGUAUGGUUUGUGGCGGUGA